ACGCUGUGGGAGAUGAUGACAUUCGGGGCCGAGCCCUACGCCGGGAUCCGCCUGGCAGAGGUGCCCGAUCUGCUGGAGAAGGGCGAGCGGCUCUCGCAGCCGCAGAUCUGCACCAUCGACGUCUACAUGGUGAUGGUGAAAUGCUGGAUGAUCGAUGAGAACAUCCGUCCCACCUUCAAGGAGCUGGCCAACGAGUUCACCCGCAUGGCCCGGGACCCCCCGCGCUACCUGGUCAUCAAGGAGAGCGGGGCCGCGCCCCCCGGCGAGCCCCCUCCCCUCAGUGAGAAGGAGCUGGACGAGGUGGAGACGCUGGAGCUGGAGGAGGAGGAGGAGGAGGAGGAGGAGCUGGACGGGACCUUCGGCCUCAGCCCCGGAAUGGGCCUGCAGCGCCCCCGGGGGGGCUGUGCCCGGAGCCCCAGCCUGCUGAGCGCCCCCGCCGGGUACAUCCCCAUGAACCAGCCGGGCCUGGGCUGCGCCCGACAGCCCGGGGGGUCGCGGCCGCCGCGGCGGGGCCGGCAGGGCUCGCUGGGCCGGACGGUGUCCGAGUGCUCCGAGGGUCGCGGCACCGCCUCGGAGCUGGAGCUGGGGGGCGAGGGGGGGUCCCUGGCCGGGAGCCUGUGCCGCAGCCUCCGCUCCAGGGGGGACAGCGCCUACCUGUCCCAGCGGGAGAGCUUCCCCCCCGCGCCCCCCGCCUCCGAGGGCAGCGAGGAGGACCCCAACGGCUACGUCACCCCCAACUGCGCCCUCCGAGAGCCAGCCCCCGCCGGGUGCGCGGUGCCGCGGGCGGAGGAGGAGGAAGAGGAGGAGGAGGAGGAGGAAGAGUACGAGUACAUGAACCGACCCCCCCCACCCCGCCCGGCCUCGCUGGAAGAACUGGGCUACGAAUACAUGGAGGUGGGCUGCGACCCCCCGGGACCCCCAGGAGCCCCCCCACCCCGCGGCGAGCACGAUGAUGACGAUGAUGACGAUGAAGAAGAAGAUUACGAAUACAUGAACAAACAACCGCGGCUCAGCCGCUCCCUCCUCACCUCGGGCCACCACGGCUACACCGAGAUGAGACCGGGAGACCCCCCCGCGACCCCCGCCCACCCCGGGGGGGAGGACGAGCAGGGUUACGAGGAGAUGGAGGCGGUGCUGCGGCCGCGCUGCUGCCCCCCCGCCACCCCCAUGAAGCCCCUGCGGAGUUUGGAAGCCUCGGACUGCGCCUUCGACAACCCCGACUAUUGGCACAGCCGCCUCUUCGCCAAAGCCGACGCCCACCGGACGUAGCGGACCCUCCCCCCCCACCCCUUGAGACCCCUCCCCAAUUUGGGGGGGCUCGCAGUGAAUAUGAAGGAUCCCCCCCCAUCACCCACACGCCGGCUCAGGGGGGGUUUGGGGGUCUCUCGGUGCCUUUUUUCCUCUUUUUUCUUCCUCCUACCCCCGUUUUUUUUAAUGCCUCCCCCCGAAGACCCCUCCCCUCUUUAUUUCCUCCCCCCCCUCUUUAUUUCCUCCCUCUCCCCUCUUUAUUUCCUCCCAUCUUUUUCUUCCUCCCCCUCCCCAUCUUUUUUUCCUCCCCUCUUUUUCUUCCUCACCCCCCCACUCGCUGAAGGUGCUCCCCAAAUCCCUGGGGGGGGGGGGGGGUCCCUGGGACAAUUUUGGGGGGGGGUCCCAGGGAGAGUUUGGGGUCUCUCUCCCCCACUGGGAUUUCUGAAGGACCCCAGACUCAUUUGUAUGUUCAGGGUUCCCUGCUGAGUGAAGGUUUUGGGGGAAUCCCCCUGAGGUCGGGGGGACCCCCCGGGAUCCCUUUUUUGGGGGGGUUCUCCCCGGUUUUUUGGGUGGGGGGGGAGGGGGGGGAGCCCC